AAAGAAAUAGAAAAAGGAGUAAAAAGCGAAACCCACCGCCAUUUCUCUCUCCGGCGCGAUACAAUUUAGCUACGAAUACAAGGAUUAGAACAUCCCAAGAUCUCCCCCGAUCGCAUCCACAUUCCUUCCGUUUCAUUCCCGCCGUGCCCUCCCGGUGAAGAAGACAAUCAAACACGACAUCCAUCUCCUGCUUUGAUCCACAGGUUCAUCCUCGUUUGGGUUCUUCGCUGCUAUUCUAUUUUAACUCUUUACGCAUACCGAACAAACAUCUUCGAUUUAGGAACUCCAAAACCUAAUGGUGUUUCUUAAUGUUACUUAAUGUUAUCUUACUAUGAAGUUUUUGUGGCGUUUUUGGGCGUUUCUCAUUCCAAUGCUCGUUUUUCAUGUUGAGCCCUUGAAAAAUUUUAGCUCCAUUUUUCUUUCCGUAUAUGGUUUACAUCCUGGUUUUAGUUGAGGAUUCAUCGGAUCAGAUGAAGUGUGCAAAAGGAAUUAGUAGAUCGAAGUGUAAAAAUCAUGUGUAAGUGAGGGGAGGGUAAAAUGUAGGUUUUAUGAAUUGCAUUUUUGAUGAUUCUUAAUGAAGCUUACAGGUUGGAUUCGUUUGAAAGAGAUUGGGAGGGAUUUUGUUGUGCAUCAGAGCUAGAUGGAUGGCGGAAUAAGUUAUGUCCCUCCUGCAUAUGUUCCUCUAGGGCAGUCUGAUUCAGAAGCGGAGAUUAUUUCCAGAGAUGAGGGCAGCCAUUCCACACCUAAUGAACUUAAGGAUGGAUUGUCACAAUGGUCGUCUGGAAUAUGUGCGUGCUGCGAUGAUAUGCAGAGCUGUUUUAUUGGCCUUGUUUGUCCAUGCUUUCUGUUUGGGAAGAAUGCUGAACUUUUGGGUUCUCGAACAAUGUUUGGGUCAUGCGCAACUCAUUUCAUUUUGUGGGCACUUACGAAUACAGUCUGCUGCCUGUUGACUGAUGGACUUUUCUUGAAUCUACCUGGAUGCGUUCUUGCAUGUUAUGCUUGUGGCUACCGCAAGGCCCUACGGUCUAAGUACAAUUUGCCGGAAGCACCUUGUGGAGACUUUGUGACCCACUUUUUCUGCCAUUUCUGCGCUAUCUGUCAAGAAUACAGAGAGAUUCGUGAAAGAGCUAGAGGAUCCGGUCCCCAUGAUUUGAGUUUGGCUGUUGUUACCCCGCCAACAACUCAAACAAUGGAUUCUAACCCAGAAAAAUAGUUCCUUAAUUGCUGGAGCUACCGAGAAAUACCGGUAACUUGUUAGAUUUGCUCGCUUAGCACCCAGUUCUUUCUUUCCCUCUUUUGUUCUUACUGGACUUUUCAGAGUUUCUUCUUUCCCUCUUUUUUUAUUAUGAGAUUUCCCCCCCUUCUUUCGUCUAUUUAACAUUGUAGUAUUAUUAGAAAUUCAGUCCUACUAGUGAUUGAUAAAAUUAUGUUUUAAACAUGAGUUAUAAUGAUUGGUAAAUUGAUAUUAAAUA